CGAUAAUCAAUCACUCUUCCCAUUUGCUCGACCUUCUCUGCGACUUCUCUCCGAUUCAGCUAUGGAUUCUUCUAUGAAGUCUAUCAAUCCAAACAAGCAUUUGAAAGAACAAUUUGUCAGCAACCUAACAGGAUCUUCCAUGCUUGAAAUUUUUGUACUUUCUGCAAUAUUUCCUAUGCUUAUUCUGCUGCGACAUGCCAUAGGCAUCUGCAAAAUAGAUCAUGUUACCAAUGAAACUUCCUCAAAGAAGAAAGAUACUUCACCGCUUGUGUCAAGAAAUCAAAGGAUUUACAUCGUCACAAUGAUAAUAGAUUUCCUCUCCAUUGUUCUUCCGAUCACUUUGUUGUGUACAGUUCUAGCAGAAUGGACUUACGUGAAUGGAGCUCUAUUUAUAUUAAUGCUGCUUCUCUCUAUCUCAUCUAAGAGACAUGGAUCUUCUUGGGAUCAGGAAGAAGGGGUUCAUUCUCUUAGGACAUAUGUCUCAUCAUACAGGGUUUUUAUGAUGCUUAUCACAUGCAUUUGUAUUUUGGCCGUUGACUUCAAAAUAUUUCCUAGAAGAUAUGCUAAAACCGAGACUUAUGGGACUAGUUUGAUGGAUCUUGGAGUAGGUGCAUUUGUCUUGGCAAAUUCUUUGGUUUCACAUCAAGCUCGGGGAAUUUCAUCAAUGGGUUUAAGAAGUGUGCUGUCCUCUACUAGCCCUUUACUGAUUCUGGGGUUUGCUAGACUUGUUUUUACAACUGGUGUUGACUAUCAGGUUCAUGUGGGAGAAUAUGGUGUUCACUGGAAUUUCUUUUUCACUCUUGCUGGUGUAGCAGUCUUGACAUCAAUUAUUAAUGUCUCUCCAAAGUAUUGUGGGAUUGUUGGAUCAUUGGUACUAAUAGGAUAUCAAGUUUGCCUAAUGAGUGGGUUGAACGUGUAUCUGCUUUCGGCCAAAAGGGGAACAGACAUUAUUAGUCAAAACAAGGAAGGGAUCUACAGCAUAUUCGGAUAUUGGGGCCUGCAUCUAAUUGGUGUUUGGUUAGGCAACACUCUUUUGUUUGAGAAGAACCCUGAUCUCAGAACUAAUAGAUGGGCAAGGAAACGUGUUUGGAUUAUGUUUCUUUUCUUCUGGUGCUUGACAUUGAUUCUGAACAGUUAUGUUGAAAGACCUUCACGUAGAAUGUGUAACCUGACAUAUGUUACUAUGGUAUUGGCUACAAACCUAGAGAUGUUGGCAAUAAUAAUGCUCUCAGAUUAUAUCCCUGGCGGUAAAGUAUCACUACUAGAACAAGCAAUCAACCGAAACUUACUUGCAGUUUUCAUUGUGGCAAAUUUGCUGACGGGUUUAGUGAACUUAUCGAUGGAUGAUACCCUGUUUGUGUUGCCGGGCACAGCCCUUGUUAUCUUGAUUGGCUACGGUUUUAUCACAUGUGCUGCUGCUGCAUUUGCAGAUUAUAAUGGUAUCAAGUUGAAGUUUUGGUAAAGAAUGCUUCUUUAUAAUCUAUUUUUGGGUCUCUAUUUGAUUGAUUUAUCUAAAAACUAGUUGUAAUCCUAAUUUAUGAUUGAUACAAAUUUCGAAAUCUCUUUUCGUUUUUAUUUGCCAAAGGAUUUGUAUUCGAUUAUUAGAAAUCAUAGUAGAUUGUGAUCCAAUCGUCGAUGA